AGAACUCGCCGACUGCCUCGGUGGCCAGAGCCGGCUGCCCCCCGGGCACUGCCACCCCGGCCGGUGUCCGUCUGCCCCGCCACAAGCCUUGUCUCCGCGCACUGCCUCCGCUUCCUCCGUCCUAGAUCCUCAGCUGUCGCCCCGCGAUUGCCCACGCCGCGCAGAGGGGUUUCCGCGCCCGUGAAGAAGCCGCUUGCGAGUUGGUCCGGCCGCCGUCGCCCGCGGCUUUAGGACAGCUUCUUGCUCCGAGGGCGUCGGAGCCCUUGCCCGCGAAACAGCCGCGCUUCGCCAGCUGCGGCCGGGCUCGGACCGCUAGCGCCCGAUCGACGCCCAGAGCCAAGCCAGCGACCGGCGCCCACGCCCCAGGACUGCAACUCGGCCGGAUCUCCGGGCCGCGGCUCCUGCCUCCGAGACCUGCCUGCCCUCGCCCCUUCCAGCUCUGUGUGCUGCAUCGAGACGCCCCGUGUGUCGGCGACAGACCUCCUCGGCCCCGCUCGCACCUGAGACGCAAGAUGGCGGCGACCGCGUGACUGAGCAUCAACUAGGCAUCGCUCCAAGGACGCGCACACGGACUUCGGGGAGUGCUUUGGGAAGCAGGGAGGAAGGGUGAGAGCUGGAUCCCGGUGGUGUUUGUGCAUUGUGAUUGCGUGAAACGUGCUUCCCUCGCGGGUGGGCAAGACUCUGGCAUUGUUCUGAGUCCGAGCCGAGGGAGAAUCUGUAUUUGUAGAAUUGGUGCCAAUUGAGAGGAGGGAAAAUGGCGAUGACCCUGUUGGAAGAUUGGUGCAGGGGGAUGGAUGUGAACUCUCAGAGAGCCCUGCUGGUCUGGGGGAUCCCAGUGAACUGUGAUGAGGCUGAAAUCGAAGAGACCCUCCGGGCUGCGAUGCCCCAGGUGCCCUAUCGAGUGCUUGGGAGAAUGUUCUGGAGGGAAGAGAAUGCGAAAGCAGCCUUAUUAGAGCUCACUGGCGUCGCCGAUUACGCCGUCAUCCCCAGGGAGAUGCCAGGCAAGGGAGGGGUCUGGAAAGUGGUCUUUAAGCCCCCGACUUCCGAUGCUGAGUUUUCAGAACGGCUGCACCUUUUUUUAGCUAGAGAGGGUUGGACCGUGCAAGAUGUGGCCCGGGUCCUUGGGUUUCAGAACCCAGCGCCGGUCCCAGGCCCCGAAAUGCCCGCAGAGAUGCUAAACUACAUUUUGGAUAAUGUGAUCCAGCCUCUUGUUGAGUCCAUUUGGUACAAGAAGCUGACGCUGUUCUCGGGGCGCGACAUCCCUGGGCCUGGGGAGGAAACCUUUGAUCACUGGCUGGAGCACACGAAUGAGGUCAUGGAGGAGUGGCAGGUGUCCGACCUCGAAAAGAGGCGGCGGCUGGUGGAGAGCCUUAGGGGCCCCGCCUCCGAUGUCAUUCGCAUCCUCAAGACCAACAACCCUGCCAUCACCACCACCGAGUGCCUGAAGGCGCUGGAGCAGGUGUUUGGGAGCAUCGAGAGCUCCCGGGAUGCCCAGGUCAGGUUUCUGAACACCUAUCAGAACCCAGGUGAAAAGCUAUCUGCUUAUGUCAUUCGCCUGGAGCCCCUGCUGCAGAAGGUGGUGGAGAAGGGGGCCAUCGAUAAAGAGAACGUGAACCAGGCUCGCCUGGAGCAGGUCAUUGCGGGGGCCAAUCACAGCGGGGCCAUCCGGAGGCAGCUGUGGCUGACCGGCGCUGCCGAGGGGCCGGCCCCGAACCUCUUCCAGCUGCUGGUGCAGAUCCGUGAGGAGGAGGCCAAGGAGGAAGAGGAGGAGGCUGAGGCCGCCCUCCUGCAGUUAGGCCUGGAGGGGCACUUCUGAGCCUCGGAAACCGGGCCUUUCCUGCUUUCCUGUCUCUGUGCCGCCCGUCAUAGGGUCGUCUGUGAUUAGGCUUAGUCUGUGGUUUUCAGGGGGGAGUCAGGCCUACUUAUUCGUGUAAUCUUCGUAAAAUCGUGCGAGCCAAUCGUGGAACCUGCUCUAUUCUCUUAGUGCCCCCACCCCUCCACUGAAACGCUAGGCACCUUUGGGACAAGUGCUCAGUGUAAGGUGUCAUCCUAAGUUGUGAAAAAACAGUGAAACUGUGACACCAUUGAGAUAAUUAAUAAGAAAAUGCAUGUUCUGGCAUUUAGCACAGGACCUGUUCAGGGGGCAUUCUCAGUAAAAAUGUGACAAUUGUUAGUUUCUGUGUUUACUGUAAAUCGUUCCUGGUUUCUAUUCAUGGGAAGAAAUGUGAAGCUAUUUGAUAUUAGUUCACUUGCAGGUGCAAAUUUCCCGUUUCUCAUCUUUAAACACCUGGAUCAGUGUAAUUGAAAAAGUAUUCUGAGACUACAACAUGGAGUAUUAGAAAAAUACUGUAAUUAUAGUGUUGUGUAAAUCGAGUUUUUCACUGUAUAAGAUACAGAUGGGAAUUGCAUGGGGAGCCUGAUAAGACCCUGUUACAGUAACCCGUUUCCCCAUUUCAAAUCUUUUGUCAUGAAUUGUUCUCCUUGUUCAUGCCAAUUUCAAGUGUUCUAAGUUCGAAGGUAUUAAAUAGAUGUAUACUAAUAAAAGCAUUUCAAAAAGU